CCAUAUUAGAACGCCAUUUAUAAGGACCGGUUUUAUAAGUUAUAUACUACAUCUCCUUAUUUUUUUAAAGACUCAUGGAUGAUCUGACAUUUGGUGAAAAGCUAAAAAGAGCACUUAAUACGAACGAUGCUGAGGAACUUCUCCGUUUAUGUUGUGAUAGUUCAAAAAGGAAGGAUAUUUUGGAUUUUGAAGACGAUGCUGGACAUUGUUUAUUGCAUCGGGUUUCUGGUUCUGGUACCGUUGACGUUAUGCGAACGUUGAUGAACAUGGGUGCUGAUGAAAAUGAGGAUGUUUGCAAUGAAUUCGAAACCUGGUUACAAACUGCCUGUUCCCAUGGUAACACAGAUGUCGUGAACUUUUUUUUACGAACUGACGAAGGCUUAAAGGAUGAGGCGUCACAAAUUGAAUACAACGACUGUUUUCAACUGUUUUAUUUUGCUGCAAAAUCUGGUAACAUUGAAACAAUAAAAGAUUUACAGAAAAAUAGCCAAUUAGAUAUUAAUCAAGUUUUUUCAGAUGGACGUACUGCAUUAUUGAUGCUCGUGAAAAAUAAUGACCCAAAGGGCGUUGACAUUUUAUGUCAAUGUGGAGCUGAUGUGAAUGUUGGAACGUUCUAUCGAUCUGGAUUUAAAGCUAUCCAUAUAGCUGCAAGAGGUUUCAGGGAUUGUGCAGAAAUGAUCCAGAUACUUUUAAAGUAUGGUGCGAAUGUAAAUGAACCGCUUAUUAGAAAUAACCUCAACCAGCAACCUCUGUUUAUGGCUUUAAAAGCGGGUAAUGAAAGAAAUGCUAGAGUGCUAUUUGAGCAUGGCGCUGAUAUAUCUUUUAAGGGAGAAACUUCGGAAACUCCGGAAGACACAAUUGGGUGUUUUUGCUUAGCGAUAAAGCAAUGUCCGGCUCUUGUUCCAGACUUUAUCAAACGUGGUGCAAACCUGUACGAGAGGCACAACAAAAAGUCAGUUCUGAUGAUUGCUUUAGAUAGUAACGCAGGAAGUGUAGCUAUUGAGGCUUUAGUUAAAGCUGGUGCAAAUUUAAAGUUUGGAAGAGAUGGCAAAAAUGUGAUACAGUGCUGCAAACAUUAUGACCAGCUGAAGUCAUUUCGUAAUGCUGGAAUAUCUGUGCACGAGAUGGAGUCCACUUACAAAGUACCUACAUUAGGAUUGGCUUUGAGUACUUGGUUUAGUUAUAAUAUAUGUACUGUUGGACGAUCGGAUCUGGAAAUCGAGAAUGGGGAAUUAGAAUUGAUUAAAAAUGAGGUAGCGGAUUUAGUUUUAAACGGUGCCAAUCCAGAUAUGUCAACAGAGGAAUGUGAUUUACCGUUAAUUACAGCCGUCAAAAAUCGUCUACAAGGUGUCUUCGAAAUAUUAAUAGCUGCAGGUGCCAACAUACAUCAACUUGGAAAAGAUGGCAAUUCAGCUGUCCAUGUGUGCUGCAUUGAGUCAAACUGGAGUUUUUUGGAAAUACUGCUUACAACUGAUAUUGACCUAAAUAAAGCCAAUGCAAAAGGAAACUAUCCUCUAGAGCUUGCUAUCCGAGGAAGACAAUACGCAAGACUUUACAUGCACACAGGUUUUGAGAGGUUUAACACAGCAUAUGUAAAUAAAACCAUCGUGUCGGAAGAAAUAAUCACAAAAAUGCUAAAUAAAGGAGCGAAUCCAAAUUUAACCGAAAGUGGUAAAAAUUCUCCUUUGAUUUUAGCUAUAUUGAAAAGAUUAGACAAAAUUGUCGAAGUGUUACUUCAUGCUGGUGCUGAUGCAUCUCAUAUUGGUGAAAAAAAGUCUACUACAUUUGAAUCUUGUUUUAAGCCUGGCCCUAACCCAAAGAGUAUAGACACACUGAAAAUACUUAUAGAAAAUGGAAUGCCACUGAACAAGCCAAAUUCGGGAGGGAAGUAUCCUCUUGAAUUAUUGAUCGACAAAAAUCGUGAUUGUACUUACUUUUUACUGCUACUUUCUAACGGAGCCGAUCCAAAUAUAAUAGCAAAGGGAAAUUCUGUUUUAAUGAAGACGGUUAAAUUGGGAAUGUAUGAUGUAUGCAUAGCUCUGUUAGAUGCAAAUGCUGACAUUGGCAGAACAGAUGAAGAUGGCUUUACCGCAUUUGAUAUUUUGACAAGUCAAUUAAAAGAACUCAGUUCUUUGUAUCACCCACGUAAAUAUCAAGGUUCAGCAGUUAAACUUUUCGAGACAUUUGUUUUGGCUGGAAUUGACGUAAAUCAACAAAACAUGUUUGGAACAUAUCCAUUAUUUUUGGCUAUUUCUCUUGGUGCAGAAGGUGUUGUAAAAGUUAUAUUAGAAAAAGGAGCAGAUGUUAAUAUUGUGAAUGAUAAUGGAAAAACACCGUUGUUUGAGUCUAUCUUUCAUGAAUUGGAUGACAUUGUAAAAGUUCUUCUUCAUGCUGGAGCAAAUGUGAAUCAAAUCUGCAACGCAAAAACUGAACAUCAUGCCGGAAACGGACGAGUAUACACUUCGCUCGACCAUUGUGUAUUGAAGUCCAUGGAAGACAUUUCAGAACAACAGACUGAGAUGUCUAUUCUUGCGAAAUUAUUAGAUAACAAGCAAAUGUCAUUGGAGAAAAGAAGAUAUUUUGUGAGUUUACUUUUGGAGUUUGGCGCAGAUCCUAAUUUAGAAAAAUAUGGAAAAGAUUCUUGUCUGAUGCUAGCUGUGCAUCAUGGCGAUCCCACUAUGGUGAAGACUUUACUUGAGGCACAUGCAGACAUAAAUCACAUAGGAAACAAGGGAUACACUGCUUUGCAUGUCUUUUUCUUGAAUAUCAAUAAAUCAGUAAACGCAUCAUACAGAACAAUACUAGAAGGAGCGUAUAUUGAUGAAAGUUUUGAAGAUGAGUCGUCCGUUCCGGAGUCUGGUACACCAAGUAACGUAUCGUUCAUUCUCAAAAUUUUACUUGAGUAUGGUGCACACACUGAUGUAUCGUCCCUUGAUGGAAACUUACCAAUACACAUAGCUCUUUCAAAUUGCAAGACAUGUUAUGACUUUGAAAGUAAUCUAGGUGACAUAAUGAAGCUGAUAGACCUAACUAAAGAUAUAAAUAUCCCAGACAAGAAUAGGAGUACACCAUUUCUAGAUAUCACCAAGUUUUGCAGUCUAGACGUUAUGAAAAAGAUGGUUGAAUUAGGAGCAGAUUUAAAGUCAAAAGGAACUAAUGGAAAAACUGCUCUUCAUGUCGUCAUAGAAAAGAAGAUGUUCAGCAGAGAUAUUUUCUCGUUUCUCUUGAUAAAUGGGGCAGAUAUCAACGCCAUUAACGACUUAGAGGAAACGCCAUUGAUUUCUUGUAUAAAAAGAGGAUCGACGUAUGCGAGUGUUGAAAACAUUGUAUUCCUGUUGGAAAAUGGUGCUAAGGCAAAUCUUUGUGCCGAUGAAUCGAACUCUGCAUUAUUAGAUGCAAUUUUAUUUGAAUCUUUUAAUGUUGCUUCGGUUUUGAUAGAUCAUCAGGCCAACUUAAAUCAUAUUGGAGAAAAUGGAAAUACAGUACUUCAUGCUGUUUUCUCGAAAGAAUACAGACGCACGAUACAUCACUACUCAUAUGUCGAUGAUAACACCUUGUGUAACUCAGAUGAUGACACAAAAUAUGCUGGUUUCAAACAUUUAGACAGAUCAUCCAAAUCAGAUGUCGGGAAAAUGAACAGAGAUACUAACAUUACUUCUGUGGUAGGAGUAAAGAAAAGACACGGAAAAAAAUUUCUUGAAACGUUAGAAGUCGUCGAAAAACUCGUAGACGCAGGAGCAUGUUUAAAUAUUGCUAACAAAGAUGGGAAAACACCUCUUUGUUGUCUCAUUGAGAACCAGAGUAAGGAAACCAUUGAAACAGUUCUGCCAUAUCUUCUAGAAACGGGAUCUGAUCCUAACUUUGGAGAAGCUCUACCAUUAAUUGCCGCUGCAUAUUUAAAUCAACAAAGGACAACAACAAUGCUCCUGGAGCACGGUGCAAAUGUUGAUGGGAUGAAUUCCCAAGGAAAUACAGCGCUUACAACGAUCUUAAAUGAUUACUGUGACUCAACAAAAGGAUCUAGGGAAGGAAUCGUAGAUAUACUACUGAAAGGAGGAGCCUCUGUUACUCUUACAGACGGAAAUGGAAAACCACCAUUGUUACUAUUAAUCAAUUCUGUAAAACAGUCUGGAAAUUAUUGUUAUGGAUACACUAAUUGGGAUAAAUUAGUCAGUCAGACUGCUUUAAAACUGAUCGAUAAGGGAGCAAACCCAAAAGCUACACCAUUUGGUGAAGAUUCUGCGUUGAACCUAGCAGUAGAAAAUAUGCUGUCAACCGUUGUUAAAAUGCUUUUGGAAUUAGGAGCAGAUAUUCAUCACCUUGGGAAAAAUGGGCAAAAUGUUUUACAUUGUUACUUCCGUUUGAAUGUUUCAGAAAUUUAUCAGAACUAUUAUGGAGGUUCAAAAUCUUUAGAAAUACUGGAAUUACUUUUGUCAAAAUAUUCAAAUGUUAAUCUUCAAGAUGAUGAAGGAGCUACUCCGUUGCACAUGGCAAUAACAAAUCAGAAUAUAGAAGGUGUGAAGAAACUACUAUCUGCACGUUCAGAUAUUUUGCUACAAGGAAAGGAUGGGUUAAAUGCGUUUGAGCUGUGUUUAAAGUUUGGGACGAAUCGAAACGAUUGCUUGAAAAUUUUAGAUGUGCUUACUGAUCAUGCACCCUUGGACAAGACUGCUGAUGUCUUUUUCAGUAAAUUUUGGGAAUACAUUAAAUCAAAUGAUUCAGUGCAUGCUGUUGGAAACAAGCAAACACUUGAUAGUGUUACAUGUAAGAUUUUGAAUACAAAAGAAGAUGUUAAUGUUAAUUUAGCAAACACUUUUGACGACUCACCACUUAUUUACUUUUGCCGACUGGGAUGCCUUCAGUCUAUAAGGAUGUUAUUGGUCCACAAAGCAGAUGUAGACCAUCAAGGGAAAAGAAGAAUGACUGCACUACACCACAUCACUUAUUUGACAGACUAUGAGCAUGCUGCUUUAAUAUUCGAGUGUUUGCUUGGUGCAAGUCCAAGAUUAGACAUUUGUGACGACUUGAAUCAGACAGUAAUGAAGAGGACCAUUGAUAUGUUAUGUGGAAAGAGAGCUGGCUAUUGGAAUUCGGAAUACUAUUAUGAUCCCAGUAUGAGUUUAUAUCAUGUAUAUGAUAAACAUAAAUAUUUUAGCAAAUAUGUUCAGAAAAUGUUAAAGGUUGGUGCAAAAACAGAUCAAAAUGAUUUGAAUAAUGCAUUAAUUAUGUGUGCCCAGAUGAGUGAUUUCACCGGGAUUAUUUGUCUUAUACGCUAUGGUGGUGACUACUGUAAAAAGGAUGGGAAUGGAAAGUCUAUCUUACAUUUGUGUUGGUCAAAUCCUUUAGAUGGUGCAUUGGAGUUUUUGCAGAACUUUGUUGAUACCGGACAUUCAUUGAUUAGUAUCGAUUCGGUAAAAAAUUCGAUCUUGAUGUCAUUGUUGUCUGAAGUGACACGUGCUUGUAGGUAUCAAGAAAGGGAUGAAACAAUAGCACAUAUAGUUUCAUUUCUUAUUCAAAAUGGAGCAUAUAUCGUGAAAAAUAAAGACGGAAACGGACCACUACAUUUAGCUGCUAUGAAUGGCUACCUUGCAACUAUAAAAGUACUUUUGCAAUUAGGCAAGGAUUCAAUAUUUGACAACAACAACGCAGGAGAUACAGCAAUUCAUAUAUGUUUGAAAAAUCCGAAGGCGAAUGUAUGCAAAAUUAUCGAAAAGAUGUUAGAAAAUCAAACUUCAAACCUGUGUCUGAAUUCAAACGGAGAAUCUCCACUGUACCUUGCAACAGCUGUUUGGCUAAGGCAAUUAAGUGACGUUUCUUCAUUAACAUCUCGUUUGGUGACAUCAUUACUUGAAUAUGGGGCUAAUCCUAAUGAUCACACGCAAAAUCAAAUACCUUUGUUGUCUGCUAUUGAAGCGAACGAUAUCCAGACGGCGACCCUCCUAUUGAAAGCUGGAGCAAACAUCAAUGCAACAAACCAUAAAGGAAUGUCAGCACUCCAUACUAUUUUUGUACCUCAAAGUCAAAAAGAAAACUAUCUUCGUCUGACACAACUUCUGUUUGAAAAUGAAAUCAAUGUAAAUUUGGUUGAUACAGAUGGGAAAUCUGCAUUAUUUUACUUGUUUGAAAAGUACAAUGGAAAUUAUCACACUGACUCAGAUGUUAAAAUAUUCAAAGACAUUUUCAAUGGUUUUUUUAAGCAUGGCGCAGAUCUUAAUAUUUGUGACAACCUGCAGGAGACCGUUUUGAGCAGUUUCUGUUCUUCUGGGAAAGUUGUAGACAUAGCGGAAGUUUUGUUAGAAAACGGGGCGGACCCGAAAUUUGGAUACUGUAUUCAACAUUCUUUGCGGAAUUGUAGAAGUUUUUAUGAAAAUGCUGAUUCCUGGAUUUCUUUCAUACAUUCGUUGCUGCUGAAGGGGGCUGAUCCAAACAAGCAUAAAACAGAUGGGUCUAACUUAAUUGACUGUGUCCAGUAUCAAAACAGCUAUCUUGUUGAAGAGAUUAUCCUGUUUGGAGCUGAUAUUAAUUUUGCUGAUGGCAUGAAGAAAACUGCUUUACACUAUGCUUGUAUACGAGGUCAGGUCAGGGACAGACAUGAAAUUACAGCACUGUUGGUGAAACAUGGAUCUAAUUUAAAUGCAACAUCUACGAAUGGCGAAAAACCUCUUGAUGUUUUAGUGCAGAACAUGAUCAAAAACAUGAGAAAUAUUGAUGUAAAAGAAGCAAAGGAAGAACAAUGUGGCUUACUUACGAUAGACCUUUCGCUCUUGAAUUUACUGGUUCGCGGAGGUGCAGAUUUGUGUCCUUCGAUGCUUGAUACAAUCGAUGCAAAAAUCGGGGAGCUUUCCACUGAAACAAUGCAGAUACCAGAUAAAAAUACAAGUCGGUCAGCGCUGUUCAUGUUAAUAAGUAAUGGACUCUUCAAAACUGCAGAGUAUUUGCUACAUAGUGGAUGGGAUGUGGAAAAGGAAGAAUGGUUUGAUGCCUUUGAUGUCUCAAAGCUUGAUCUAGAAAAUGUAACAGUAGAAUGCAACAUCCACAAGAGAUAUGAAAAUGAAACUAGAAAAGCAGAGUUUCAAUCAUUCUUGGAGAGUAUUGACACAGGUCCAAAAUCCUUAACAAAUAUAUGCAGGAAUGCAAUUCGACAUCAACUGUCAACGGUUUCGAAUGGUUCUGAGAUUGAAACAAAGAUUUCAGCACUUCCGCUUCCGUCAAAAAUCAAAUGCUUCUUAUCUUUGAAGGAAUUUAUGAACGACAUAGAGAAUAUUGUGAUUGAAAAGAUGGUGUUGGACAGGGUCGCUCGAUAUGAUUCAGAUGACUAUUAUGGUGACUACUAUGAUGACUCUGACUCUGAUGAUGACUAUUAUUAUGGUUGCUAUGAAGACAGUUAUGAUGUCUACUAUGAUUCAGAUUGGUAAUGAAAUAGAAAAAGGAUGCAUGACAUACAACAGAUAAAGUCGACAUACUAAUUUGUAGAAUUAGUAUUUUGUGAAAUUUAGCUUAAUGUAAAUCCUCGUGACAGUAAUUGUUUUUGUCGUCUUUUUUUAGU